AUGUACCCCGUUCUUACUCUAUCCAGACAGAAUCAAAUCGUUCUGCUUGGUUUCCAAAACACUCCUGCAACACUGUUCAUUGGGGUCCCGAUCGUAGACAAACCUCUAGAUUGGCCGAACCUCGUUGAGGAGAGAUGGGACUUGGUGUUUUCUCUGCUCAAGCAACAGUGUAAGAACAAAAUUCAACCCUAUCUGUUGGGCAAUGUCCAUAUGGACACUAUAGCCGAUUUUAUGAGCGUUGCUGAUUUCCAGCGCUUCGCUCGGCCCAUUACCAGGAUGAUCGAAAAAUUCAAGGCUUAUUCCUUGGUUUUGGAAAAUAUCGCGAGGACCUACCAAAACGACCUCCACAACUUGUGGCACAAACUGAAAAAUAAGACGAGGGGCCUCAAGGUCACGAAGGCUCUAAACGAGGUGCGUUUGGCGAUCCAGCUUCUCGGGCAGAAAAUAAUCGACCCCUGUUUCGUCCUAUCCCGUGAUGAAGGGUUCGACUUGAAAGCAGCCCGCGAAGCGGAAGCCCUGUGCCGGGUCUACUGUCGGUUCUUGUCGGUGGGCUUCUCCGUUUUCCCCGGGACCGGCGGCCGGGACUGCAAGAACCUCCUCGGAUCAGGAUACUGCACGACCAGACGACAAACGAUCUGCAGGUGCACGGCCAGGGUGUCCUGCCUGGCGGGAGUCGUCUCCCGCGUCGAGCCCAGGACCAUGGCCAUGUGCAGCAACACCUUGCGGAUAGGCAUCCGGCGCUUCACAUCGCACACGCCGAUCGAUGUGGGUGGCACCACGGUCGAUGUCGAGAGGUCACCGGAGCGCCUUGCGCAUAUGCAAAAGGCCGUGGAUGAAAUCGAGUCCAUGGCUAAGUUAGCGAGGUCAGAUUCCUCGGGUUCUGAUUGGAGGAGUAUCAAGAUAGACUAGAGGUCGAACGUAGUCCGAUGACGCCCUCUCCUCUAGAAGGUAAUUAUUAUCAAGUAGG